UCAUCCAAAGUCUUGCUCUGCUUUAACCUAAAAGCUGCUGCUGUUUGAGGAGAAGAAAGCCCAUAAACAAGAUGAGCAGCAGCUUUGGUGAUAACCUUUUUGACUAUUCACCUCCUCAAAGAUAUAUGCAGGGAAAUGAUUAUGGAAGCUUUACCUAUGGGCCACCUAGCUUGUACAGCCGAACGAGAACACAAUAUGGAUUUCCUCAAUUUCAUCAACUAGAAGAGUCUACUGAUUGGAACACCAGGAACAGAACGCAACCUGGAUAUCCUAACUCUCUUCUGUCAGAGCCUACUGAUUGGUACAACAGGAACAGAAUACAACCUGGGUUUUAUCGGCCGGAAGGGCCUCCAUCCUUCCAGAACAACCAGAAUGGUUUCUUUCAGCAUUCAAGACCGUCACUUAUUACGAGGAGAAUUAUAGAAGAUGCCAUAGAGGCAUUCGACGCAUUGCCGCCACAAAGACUAUUUCCUCCGCCAAACCGAGCUGUAGCUUUUGAAGAUCAUUUAUCAGCAAAUGGUUUUCCAAAUCAUACUCACCAACCAGCCCGUCCUUCUCCUCCUCCUGUUCAGUGGUCCAUACGCCUCCAUGGUAAUCCUCAAAACCAAAUAAACCAAUCCAAGCUAACUACGGAUGAGCAGGAAAAGGUGUUAUGCAAACUAAAGAAAGAGAAGUACAAUCCGGCGGCAAGAACUGCCAUCCCAAAGGAGCAGGAUGAGAACUGGAAGAGGUGUUCCGUUUGCCUGGAAGAUUUCGAGCCGAGAGAAGAGGUGACUCUCACUCCUUGCCGCCAUAUGUUUCAUGAGGACUGCAUUGUCCCUUGGGUGACUAAGGAAGGAUCUUGCCCCGUUUGUCGGUUCGUGGUUAUUGAGAGGAGGCCUAAUCGAGACAGCUCAGCACGAGACAGCUCAGCACGAGACAGCUCAGCACGAGCCAACUCAGCACCACAAGACAACUCAGCACGAGACAGCUUAGCACCACGAGGCAGCUCAGAACGAAAUGUCAAUCCACGAGAAGUGGACCGUGCGUUGGCUAAUGGGGAUCUGUAUGCGUUAUUGAGAGCGCUGAGGUUGGAUGAUGUUGUUCCGUAUUCUGUUGCGGUGGGAUGAUGAAGCCUGAUGCGGAUAUGGAGAAAUAACUUCCUCAGUUUGUACUAUGUGCAAGAAUAAUAUACACCCAAAAAUAAACCAAGUACGUUAAUACGUAGUAAGUACUCAUUGUCAGUAUUAAUCAUGCGAUGUCUCAAAUGUGCAUGCAAAAGAAAGAGAACAUAAAUGUGACUGAUCUAUAGUUAUGUUAAUUAUUUGAAGUGACCGAAUCCAAAAGAACAUGUAAAACAAAUGACAAUUUGAUCUCAUAAAACUCACAAUGGAUUUAGAACCCUGGUAUCUCCUAUCACUUUUGAGUCCGACAAUGGUAUCCAAAAGUACUUACGGGAGUAUGUUCUAGGAGGGGAACAAAGAGUAGACAAAGGCUUACAUCGUCCAUCCCCCCAUAAAAACAAUUGAAAAAAAGAAGUAAAAGAACCAAAAGGCUUAAACAAAAACGAACAAAUACUCAUAUAGCUAUCUAACUUACUUAUCAACUUCAAAAUUGAAAGCCGAUUUUGCGCUUUGUCCUUCCCCUUAUUCCUUUCAUGAAAAAAUUAUCUUUAAAAUAUUUGUUAUUAAUAAAUAGAAUAAAAAAUUAUAUGAAAAAAUAGCUAAAAUGAUCCUCUACAGUAACUUCAGCCAAUACAGUCAG